GUACACUGCACUCGUAGGCUAAUUCGGACACCCAAUCAACUAUCGCCAUCCAUUUCUCUGCUACUCUAUCUGCGAUCUUGCCACGAUAUCAUCACCAGCCGGGAUAUUCCCUAUAUUCCAAUUUGCUCUCUUCAUUGCGAUAUCGUCCCUUCGACCUCUGCGAAGAUCAUCCAGUCCACCACCUAUUCAUUGAGAGUACUGCGUAGGGACUACCGUACCUUAUCAGGUAUCUUCAACCCGGAGAGAUUUCGAAGACUUCUGAUUGGCCAAUGGCGGCCCCCAAAACUUAGUCAGCAUCCUUCCGAGGACUCUCCCAUGCAACUUGCAUUCAACACGAUCACUACUCAAGAUCAACGCGCAUCUCCAUUUCGGGAUCGUCGCACGCCUAAGAAUUCCUCCCAGGAACAAAUGGAUAGUUGGAUAAGUAGACCUUUUCAUUGAUCGUGUCUAUGCCAGCGUAAAGUUGCGUGGAGCAGGAAGGCAAAUAUUGCUCUUGCUCGAUGGCGUACAAACGCCCUCGUGCAGUCUCCCCUGCCGGGUCGCAAAAGCGAACCCGCGGCAUCGAUGUAGCAUCCAAGACCAUCAAACUAGGAACUGAACUACCUUCUCUGGAUGAUGGAGACGACGGAGCAUUCGUCCCCGUCUGGAAGCAAACCGUGACCGAUGAACGGGGCCGCAGGAGACUGCACGGUGCCUUCACAGGAGGCUUCAGUGCAGGCUAUUUCAAUACCGUCGGCUCCAAGGAAGGAUGGACUCCAAAGGCCUUUGUGUCGUCGCGAUCAAAUCGCAACAAGGAUCAGCCCAAACCUGCCGGACAACGCCCGGAAGACUUCAUGGAUGAAGAGGAUUUGGCCCAGGCUGCAGAAUCCCGUCAACUUUCAACUACACAAGGGUUCUCCAGCAUAGGUGACUCUGGUAAGCAAUCUGGUCCUCAGGACCAGUUCUCCGCGCUGUUCAACGUCGGCGAGGAGACUAUAGGAGUGAAGAUAAUUCAAAAGAUGGGAUGGCGGCAACGACAAGGCAUAGGGCGUAAGAUCAGACGAGAAGCACGUCUGGGUGAUGGUCAUGAUCCAAAGGACAGCUCCGAACGCCACCUGUUCGCGCCAGCAGAUGUCAAGACCGUGACCAUAACAUCUGAGAAUUCUCGCAAAGGACUUGGAUUUGAGUCUGAAGCACGCCUUUCGACGAAGACCGCUGAGGAUGAGGAUGAGGAUGAGAGACCGGGUCUGGCUCUACCUUUCUUGGACAGCACCAAAAGGGCCCUUGGACCGAAGAAGCCUUCCGUGAAGAAGAGCUCAUUCGGUGUGGGUGUACUGAAUGACACAGGCUCUGACGAUGAGGACCCAUAUGAGCUUGGGCCAAAGAUAUCGCUCAAGCGAACUAUAGGGAAAGACAAGAAAGCAAAGAAGCCAAGCAAGUUCAGCAAACCCGGUGGCGAGAGACAUGUCUUCGUUUCGAAGAAGGAGGCUCCCCGCACAACAACCUCGUUAAGCUUUAGACCACCAAAUGACGGAAAGCCUCCAUUGAGAGGUUUUGUGUUCGCGAUACAAGUUGUCAUACCAAGCAAGCCCCACUACCCACCACCGAAGAUCCCCGCGGACUGGAAAUCAUCGAAGAAGGUUGGCAAUGAAACAGAUGCUACCGCCUUUCAAUCUGUUGCGGAUGCGGCCAAAGCGUCUACUCUCGAUUCGAAAGCUCGAGCGGAUCUGCUAGGAGAAACUCCUUUACCAGGAAAAUCCGUCUUUGAUUUUAUAUCGAAAGAGAAUCGCGAUCGCAUCGCCGCUCUGACCGGCAAAACAAAUCUACCCCAAGGCUUAGGUGAAUCCGCGCCCGCAGGAUCAGAGAACGAAGGUCGAAAAGAUUUAUGGAGUUUUGUUCCCGUCCUCGACAAGUCCACCGCUGCUGGUGCUCUGGCCAAGGGAGCGACAGGAUGGAUGCCAUACGCAGAAGACCCCAGUAAACGGACGCGGUACAUCAACUUCCUCGAGCUCAAAUCCGGCCUAAAACAAGACCUUCCCGAGAAAGCACCUGGAGCGUCGGUAUCAGACUGGGUCAAGGAAAUGCAGGAAUUCGCACACGCAGCCCAAGUCUUCAAACCGACGAGUGGAAUCAUGGCGUCGCGAUUCACUUCUUCAAGCACCUCUACGACAGCAACGGGAGACACCACCGGAACAAACCUCCUGCACAAGCCAACACCAAAGGCCGAAGACCCGGCAGAGAGCGCGGCGAAGCUCGGAAUGUACGGUGCGAUGACCCGGACCGUGAUACCUUUCCUUCCAUCCCGACUGCUAUGCAAACGGUUCAACGUCAAGCCACCGCCAGACGUGCCGUUCAGUGCGGAGUUUACCGCCGAGAACACGUCGAAAACUCAGCAGGCGGUUUCGAAAGCCGCUCUCGACAGCAUGAUGCGAGAGCUAUCGACCCAAGGUUCAGCAUUGCAACGUCCUGACUGGAUGACGCAGCCAAAACCUGAGGCGGCGGCGGCUGUCAAAGAGCAUGCUACGGUGGAUGUCGAGAGCAAUGAGGCGCUCACACAGGAGCGCGCACCAGAAGAUGUCUUCAAGUCUAUAUUCGGCGAUGAUGACGAUGACGACGAGUGA